AUGCGCUUGGGAUUUGAUGUUGAUAAACGGGAGCAGAACCCGACCGGGACCUACGUUAUUCCUAUGAUAGCAUCAGCAUACACUCUCGCCGCUGCUGUGUGUUCGUUGUUUUGCUCGGUCAUGGGUCUGCCUCUUGGUCGUCGCAAUUGUAUUCUGCUCGGAAACCUGUGUGUUGUCAUCGGCGGUAGUCUACAGGCUUCAGCAUGGUCUGUCCCCCAGAUAAUUGUUGGUCGCGUUGUCUGCGGAUUUGGUAUUGGCUUUAUUUCUUGCACAAUCCCCACAUAUCAGGCUGAGAUGAGUACCGAGAUUACUCAAAGAGGUCCGGAUGUUGCGGUUACUUGUGUCUGGCUAGUCUCAGGAGCAGCCAUUGCUUACUGGAUUGAUUUUGGCUUUACUCGGAUGACGAACCAGAUUUCCUGGAGAUUUCCAAUCGCAAUCCAAUGCCUCUUUGCUUUAGUUGCUGGAACAUGUAUGUUCCUCCUGCCAGAUACGCCUCGAUGGUAUUACGCCAAGGGCCUCAUCGAUGAGGGCGACAGGACAGUUUGCAAUCUUUUCGACGCGAACAUCGACGAUUCUCGUGUGCAACAGAUGAAACAGUCUAUCCUUGCCAGCAUACAACUUGAAGAGCAAGACGAACAUGGCUUCCGGAUCCUUGAUCUGUUUUGGGACACGAGUGAUCUUAGGGUUGGACGUCGCAUUCGCAUAUCCUUUUUGAUACUUGCUCUUCAGCAAAUGAUGGGAAUCAAUCUCUCCGUUUAUUACAGCACGGUCAUCUUUUCACAACUCGGUCUCUCACUGUUCAUGGCACAACUUCUCGCUGCCAUCAUGAACACUCUGUUCGCGGCUGGUACCGUCCCACUGGUUUUUACAAUUGAACGUGUCGGACGACGAGCAGUCAUGAUGUGGUCGGCUGUUGUUCUAACUAUCUGCAUGGUCAUAUUUGUUGCAAUGAUAGGUCUACCAAAACCCACAGUUGCGACCCAAUGGAUAGCAGUGGGAGCCAUAUUUGUGUAUAAUACAGUUUUUGGUUAUGGUUGGAUUGGCGUAUGCUGGCUUUACGGUCCUGAAAUUGCCCCUCUCAAGCUUCGCCAUGCCGGGGCCGCAGCUGGAGCCUUUGGAGAGUGGCUUUUUUCAUUCAUUACUGUCUUUGCCGGGGGUAUUGCGCUGCAAAAUGUUGGAUGGAAGAUCUGGCUCUGGAUGGCCCUCUCCUGUGCCGUCGCCGUUCCUUUCAUAUACUUCAUGUGUCCCGAGACCACUGGAAAGACUCUUGAAGAAAUCGACCUCAUUUUCGCAAAGGAUAAUAUCAAACGAAGUGCACUUGCCACUGAAGUUAGUAUGCACUAUCAUGAGUCAGAGAAAGGGGAGGCGAUUACACUAGAGCAUGUCUAA